GCUUAUGUAGAUACAGAUUAAGAAGGACAAUUUCUAUACUUCAGCUAGUACUUAUAGAUCUUUCAUAAUAGGCAUGUUAAUAAAUUAACUUCAAUAGUAACUAGGUAAGAGUAGUGUAAUUUUCUGUUCAUUGAAAAAUGUCAUUCGGCAUUUACAAAAAUUAAAAUUAUACAAAAUAAUAUUUCAAUAUAGCGAGAGGGAUGAAACGGACCAACAUCUGCUUGCGUUACCAUUGGUUGUUCCAUGGACCAAUAUCAUGCUUUUACAAAAGGGGAAAUACGCCCCCGGUAAACUCGAUGUAUUUUCUCUCAUAUUCAAAAGUACUGCACAAUGAUGAGCAACGGAUUUGUGACUACGGGUCAUACACCCACUUGGGAUUCAAGUUUGACGAAUACAGAUAGUCAAAGUUAUGAUGAAUGUUGGCCGGAUGCUCAUCUUUAUCAUCACCAUCAUCAUUUACACCACCACCAUAUUCACCAACACUCGUCUACAGUAUCUCAAAUGUGGCCAAAUCCGCAUAACCAUGCUCAGCAACAGAGUAUAACUCAAAAUGCUGUACCCAGGGGUGGCAGUGGAAGUUCACAAAAAUCGUCAUCAAUGGCGUCGUCGAAGAAAAUUCGGCGGCGGGUGGCCACGCUGGCUCAACGGCGGGCGGCCAACAUACGCGAGCGCAGGCGCAUGUACAACCUGAACGAGGCGUUCGACAAGCUUCGGCGCAAAGUGCCCACGUUCGCGUACGAAAAACGGCUGUCCCGGAUCGAAACGCUCAGGCUGGCCAUCACGUACAUCGGGUUCAUGACCGAACUGCUGCAGUCUACCCCGUCGCCCGGUGGAGGUGGCGAUGCUGUCCAGUCACCCGCGUCCGCGGCGUACGCUCUGCCGCCCCAACACCACGACAUUCCCUACGCACCGUACUCUUUGAUUCCGCCCGUCUAGAUGAAUGGUAAAGGUGUAUAGGAACAUUCCAUGAGUCAUCAUUCGCGGCACGUAAUACCCAGAAGCUGCGCAUAUUCUGUGCAAUAUAUAUAUAUAUACAUAUCUAAUAUAAUUUAUAUUAUAUACAUGUCGGCCGCUGUGUACCGCCCUUCAGAAAUCUACAAUUAUUCGUAUUAUUAUCUGCAGCACAGAGAUGUAUUCAGAAAUUUGGCACCCGGGUGCUUAUGUUUUUUCACCCCCACUCCCCACAUCCAAAAAAAGAUUAUUUGACUUUUUACACGUAAAGAGCGCGUCGGAACUUACUUUUCCGUGACCACUCAUUAUCGUUAUCCUUUUUAGAAUAAAAUGAAAAAAAUAUAUUAACUGAUUCAUGUUAUUUUUCAUUUUCAUUAUCAGAAGAUGGGUUGUAUAAAAAUGUGAUGCCGCCAAGGGCGAUCGCCCUCUCUAGCCCCCCUAAAUACGUCACUGCUGCAGCGAGUGCGAAAUCGAUCUGUAUACCUAUUUCCAAUGUAUAACGAUUAACGAUAGUUAUUCAACAUUAGUUCUCUCCAAAUUAUCAUAACCUCUUCAUCUAGUAACUAGAUAUGAGAUUACGAGAAUGACGAAAUAAGUAAAUAUGACCAUUGACCAAUGACCUACGUUUUUCAAUAUUUAAAUACUUGGAAAAAAUAAACAUUAUAACGAUAAAAGUUUUGAUGUCGAAAUCUGAAUUUUAAAAAAAUGCACCUCGUCGUGUAAAUAUAAGUUUACAUUAUAAUAUAUUAUUCGUAAUUAGGCGUACACACUUUAUACGUUUAUAAAUUAUUGUAAAAUAUGAUUUGUAUUAUUUUGUUAUUAUAAUAAUUAUUUAAAGGUGACAAAAUAAAACCGUUUAAAGUUUUUCUGACAAUUUAAGAUUCUGAACGAAGCUAUAUUAAUGUAUUAGUUUUAUAAUGACGUGUUGACGCAUGUAUUUUUGUCUGUCAAAACCUUAGGAGUAUAGUAAAAAAUAUUCGAUUGAGAAUAGAAAAGGGAAAGUGAAAAAUCGCCAAUACUUUUCAAAAUAAUUGGAAAAAAGCUUAAUUAAAAUUAUGGAACACCGAAAGUAUAUGUUACGCAAUAUCAUUAUAGUAGGUACCCAUAGGCCAUAAGUAUUUUACAAAAUGUAUUUUGUAAUUGUGUUGUUUUAAAAAAUAAAUAAGUAAUGGUUUUCGAUUUA